AUGGCGAACCCGACUGGCUCCAUCUCCUCGGGCGCCACCAAUCCGUUCGCCUCGGCCGCUGAUCCUGCUCCACCCCCAGCCUCCACGAUAGCUCUCUUCAACAUCCACAGCCACGUUCCCGUCACGCUGUCCGCGGAUGAAGGCAAUUUCCGCCAAUGGCGAUCCUUCUAUGAACUCACAUUCAAAAAGUUCGGCCUUGUCAAUCAUGUCGACGGCACGGUCGACGCCGCCGCCAUGUUCGAAGAUCCAGACUGGCAGCAAAUUGAUUCCUGCAUCGUCUCCUGGCUCUACUCCACCAUCUCCAAGGAAAUCUGGAACGACGUCAACAAACCGCGCAGCUCCGCCUACACCGCGUGGACGGCAAUCACCGGCCAAUUCCUCGACAACAGCCUGCAACGCGCUGUCUAUGCUCAGCAGGAGUUCCACAGCCUCUUCCAAGGUGACAUGUCCGUGAGCGAGUAUUGCGGCCGCCUCAAGCACCUCGCCGACACCCUCUACGACUGUGGCGCCGCCGUCUCCGACCCGGCGCUUGUCAUCAACACCUUGCGCGGCCUGAACAAUAAGUUCAGUCAGGCCAUCACCGUCCUCUCCACCAUGACGCCGCCGCCGACUUUCCUCUACACGCGGUCUUAUCUGGUGCAGGAGGAGAACCGCAUCCGUCACUCGCUGCAGAUGGAAGCGCAGACGGCACUCCUGGCGGCCGGCAUUCUUCAAUUUCCCUAUCUUACAAUUAGUAAGCACUAA